AUAGUGGUCUGUGUGUUUUAGAAGAUAAGAGGUCAACAGGCACUCUUGUUUAUGAUGUUGGUAGAUAGUUAUUUUUUGGCUUGAGAAAGCCGUUAAAGGCUAGAUAGAUAGCAGUUUUGAUAACUGCAUUUGUGCAUGGCUUGGAAGGUGCAUGGUCGAGUGGUUCUAACAUGGUUUGAACAUUGUAUGUCUAUGGCCAGUAUUUAGUUUUAGCGGGAACGUCCGCUUGGCUAUGUCUCUAAGUAAGGUAUGGAUGGGUUAGGAGGAUAGGAACCCCUGUUGUUUGGGAAGGAGAAAUACGUAUAGUGUUGAAUGCCUGUGAGAUAAGAUUAAUUGUGUUGUGCGAGAAUCUUUAACUUAAGGUGGCAAACAGAGGCGAAGGCCAUAAGUGGUGAAACCUCAAACCAGCUAAGUGAUAUUCCGACAUGAAACGUAUUCUAUAAGUGGAAAACCCUGUAGCAGGCAUGUUGAGUGCUGGUGAACAAGGCCAGUUUUGUCACAUCCCGGCUAUGUUGGCGAGGUUCAUGUAAUCCAUGACCUUGACCAUAAAUGACCCCCCUGCCAUGGCGGCUGCCACGGCAGCUGCCACAAUAGUUUACCAUUACGUGUGGUUAAGAAAGUCCACCAUAUGUGUAGGUCUGCUGUGGCUUGGUUGUCUAGGGACAGCCCCUGAUCAUCACGCGGGAGUGUGGAAAAAGCAGAGUGGUCUUAGAUGAAAGCGCGGCCUGCGGUAUGAUGCGCAUGGCAAAAUUUAAGGAACUUGGUAGGAAUUGUAGUUCCAUGCGGUUGCAAUUACCAAGCAGGAGGUGGUAAUUGGUGUUGUUGCGACUGUUACUAUUUCUCACGUGGUGACUUGUUGGCAUGGAUGCAGAGUCAAGUUGUGUGCCCAGGAAUGUAACGAUAGUGUCUGGGUCUUCUGUGACCUUAGGGAAUACUGGGACACCCAAGUGCUCAGACAUACUAAUGGCUUCCUUGAAGCUUCUAGAGGGAAAGGCGUUUCCUUUGACCAACAAGAAAUCAUCUUGUGAGUGUAUGACUGUGUGGCAUCUGGAUAUGUUUAACCACACCCAGCAACGAAUAUAUUGAAGAUUGUGGGCUGCUCUUGACCCGGAAGUUAAGCGGGAAAUAUAUAACUGCUGCCCAUAAAUGCCCUGUAAGUGCCAGUGUAGGGUGGAUGGUGGCAGUCUUAAAUGCAUUUGUGAUAUCAGUUUUACUUAACCAGGCUUCCCCCCGCUUGAGUGAUAGCUGUAAUGGUAUGAACAAUGGUGGCAUACUGUAAUGAAAACUCCUCGGAGGGUAUGAGUGAGUAGAGACUUGGGGUAGCCGAGGCGUAAGGUGCAGAUAAGUCUAUGAUCAGUUACAGUGUGAGGGAAGAUUCCCUGUGACAAUCCCAAUGGGAUUGCCCCACGCUGUAAAUGGUGUAGAUCGGAGAGAUCCAGGUAGAAAUCUUUCUGCCAUUUCUUUGGCUAUGAGUGUAAUGCCAGCUGUUGGAUGCUGCUGUGAUGACUGCAAGUUAGGGCAUUCUAGAUUCCCCCAGAAGUAUAUGGCAAUACCUGUACGGAAGGCCUUUAAAAUUCGUAGAUUAGGAAAUCAACUAUAUGUCUGGAAGGGUGAUGAGUUAGAAAGUACUGGAAAUGCAUAAUGUUUACAGACAUGAAGUAAGGUUCAGGGUACAUUUAUCGGGACACAUGGUUUGCAUGUGCCCUGACAUAUUGAGAACAUAUCUGCAACAGUCUGCAUGCACUGAAAUUACAUAUGCCAAAAUGGAAAUUGUUGCAAAUCUGGGAUUUGCCAAAGAGCAUGAGAUGACCUAAUUUGUCUCUGGUAGUUCUCUACGUACUAACAGAGGUGCUAGAGCCUGGAGCCUGAAACGUGAUCGUCCGCUGUGUUGGAACAAAAUUGUCAUGUGGGACUUGCAACAUUUUCUCCAAGUGAAAGUGUGUUGACUCUAGCUGGAGUGUUAGGUAGAGAGAAAUCCUUACCACCUGCUUGAUACAUACUAAAAACAUGAAGAUAGCCAUUAUUAUAUGAACCCACAGUGUGCUAGUACUGGCUUACUAGCUAAAGCCGCAUGGCGAAACAAUUAAUCCUUUGUUUGGUGACAGGUAAGACCCUGCUAAUUGCCAAGUGGCUUGAGAGGCUCUCUCAAUGCAAUGGCGCGAGGGGAUUUUUGUGGCCACCAAACGUAGUGGCAGGAUGUUGGCCUCUUGGUGACUGUAACCAGAAAAAAGGGGAAGGGAGUGACAGGUGAGGCCCUCUCUAUAUACCAUGCAAGGCGGCUAUCUCACGAGUGGCCCGAUGGGUAUUUGCCUCCGAGCGUUGAGGCGGGUUAUUGGCCUCGCGGGACCACUAUACGACAAGCGUAGAUGCCAAGAAAGGAGAAUACCUAUUGGAAACCUAUAGUCCCUAAUUGCCAGUACUCUAAGGACAUACCCAGGGGGAAACAGAAAAUGUAUGUAUAUACCACAUGAGCAGGUGUAUGUAUAGAGCAAAGUGCUCCGUCCCAAUGUUUAUUGUAUGCUUGUAAUACCCCUGUUUGAAGGAAAUUAACUUGUCCGGGAGUGUUCUAUCAUGUGUGAUAAGGUAUACUACUGUACCCCGAAAUAUGAGUGUAGUGAACCAUGACCGGCAGCUGAAUAACCUAAUAUGUGAAAAUACGUAAUUGGAAGUGUUAAUGUUAUCACUGGUGGCAUCAUUGGAGAUUAGUGGAUUGAUGAUCAAUCCACUAACCUCCAAUGAUACGUAAUUGGAAGGACUUAUAUUUUAAGUGUGCAAAUAUGCAAAUAUUCCGUAUUAGACUCUGGAAUCCUGCACAGUGCUUUAAGUAGUAUGUGCAUUCUUGGGUAAAUGUAUGCGUAUUGUCAGUAAAUGUAACUAAAUGCCUAUGUAGGCAGGUAUGCAGGAAUGAUUAUAUCAUAACAAGCAUGAGUUGUAAGGAAGUGUGUAAUUAUAGUGGGAAUGUUAUGAGGGGAAUAACCAUAUGUCUGAAAAGCCUGUAGUAUACCAUUUGACAGAUAGGAGUCAGUAUAAAAGCGAAAAUGCUGUAGUUAGUUUGUUUGCUUUUGAAGUGAAAUAAAGUCUGAGAAGCCUGUAGUAUACCGAUUUGACCGGUAGGGGUCAGCAUGUAGGCGAAAAUGCCGUGGUUCGUUGGUUUGUACAUGAAAUGCAAUAAUGUCUGAGAAGCCUGUAGUACACCGAAUGACCGAUAGGGAUCAAUGUGUAGGUGAAAAUGCAGUGGUUUAUUGGUUUGUACAUGAAAUGCAAAAAACAUCUAAGAAGCCUGUAGUACACCGAAUGACCGAUAGGGGUCAGUGUGUAGGUGAAAAAUGCAGUUGUUCGUUGGUUUGUACAUGAAAUGCAAUAAUGUCUGAGAUGCCUGUAGUACACCGAAUGACCGGUAGGGGUCAGUGUCUGGGUGAAAAUGCAGUGGUUCGUUGGUUUGUACAUGAAAUGCAAUAAUGUUUGAGAAGCCUGUAGUACACUGAAUGACGGUAGGGGUCAGUGUGUAGGUGAAAAUGCAGUGGUUUAUUGGUUUGUACAUGAAAUGCAAUAAUGUCUGAGAAGCCUGUAGUACACCGAAUGACCGGUAGGGGUCAGUGUGUAGGCGCAAAUGCAGUGGUUCGUUGAUUUGUACAUGAAAUGUGAUAAUGUCUAAGAAGCCUGUAGUACACUAAAAGACCGGUAGUGGUCAGUGUGUAGGCGAAAAUGCAGUGGUUCGUUGGUUUGUACAUGAAAUGCGAUAAUGUCUAAGAAGCCUGUAGUACACCAAAAGACAGAUAUGGGUCAGUGUGUAGGCGAAAAAAAUUGUAUUUCGUUUGUAGUUUUAACCCAACAGAUUUUAACCAAAACAGAUUUUAACCAAAACAGAUUUUAACCAAAACAGAUUUUAACCAAAACAGAUUUUACAUGAACAGCUAAGUGAGUAUAAGGUAACGAAAUAACCGUGCAAAACUAAAGGAAACCGUAAAGUGAGGACCUGUGCUGUGCUGAACGCCAUGGGAACUAAUCCUGGCGCGACAGGUGGUUCAACUUACGGUUUGAGAGUCCCUGAGACACCAAAUACGAUGCUGACCGGAGAGAGAGCCACUGGAUUAAUGGAAAGCCCUGCUGCAGGAUUCCUGGACACUGCUUGGAGUAGGAGACCUCAUGGAGCAAAUGUGAAACCAAAAUGGUGUCUUAUAUGACCUGGAAGUGGAUCUCAUGCAAAUGCUGACCUUGAACAGUCUAUUCGUCUGACCAACAAAGGUAAGUAGGGAAAGGGGGGAGUCCCUUUUAUAGGUCUAUAGCCCCUCCCACAACUUCAGGCCAUGCCUUCCAAUAUAUAUAUAUAUAUAUAUAUAUAUAUAUAUAUAUAUAUAUAUAUAUAUAUAUAUAUAUAUAUAUAUAUACAUAUCUCCCAAAUUGUUCUUUGGUACGCUCCACCCAGGGGAGUGUCCCUGGUUAACCUGGAGUCUAGAUUAAUGGGAGCAGACUUGCCCCAAUUUUUUAUAUGGUUUGACAAGCCUCAAAGUGCUGUCAUCAAGCCAUCUUGCAUUCUUUUUUUUUUUUUUUUUUUUUGAGGUGCGUUGAAAUUCACGUUGGUAACAUGUGACAGGGUUACAGUAUAGGUAGGUAAAGUAUUAGCAAGAAAUAUUUGUCAUAUGUAACGCACCAUUUUUGAUAGUAUAUAACAUGGUUAAACAUUGGACAGAACAGAGGUUUUACAUGACGUGUAUCUCUUUGUAUAGUUUGUAGACCUGAUCUGUCCUAUGUGUGUCGACUUAUACAUGUCUCUCUAGUGACAGGUUAAGUUCCUAGUGUGGCCAGUUGUUAGUCGACAUGUUAUUGUGAUGUGGUCGUGAGUCCGUAGAGCUUAUGGGCGAGAUGUACAGGUGCCUCGUGUUGUGUGUCUGAGUGUGGUUCAUGGGUGACAGUUGUGCCAAAGCUUGUUCCGAGGCCGCUUUGUGAGUAGGCCCCUGACAUCUGGGGUGGGUGCCCCUAACCAAGGGGGCCGCGGGGGUGGGAGUGUUGGGCUGGAGGACGCCAGCUGGUUGCAGUAGAAGUGUGAGUAGCUGCGCUAGCUUAUUGUGGUGUUGGUGUCGUGUCUAUCACUAAGCGCUGUGGAUAAGGUGAGUGUGUAAUAAUAUAACUGUUAACAUAAACUUUAAGAGCGACAAAGCAUAACCAAAUUAUAUAAGAAGUAUAACGAGAUAGAAAAAUGCAAAUAUCUUUUGCCCGUUUAGCCUAAAAAAGGUAAAUUAAGUUAAACUCCCACCCUACCAGAACAUAAUGCUUUCCUCAGCUGUUCCCACUUCCUAUAACCUGCUAUCCAGUACCAACACUUUACUUAGUCUACCUCAAUACAAAAAGAAAGCAGCCCGAUCCUCCUCCUCCUACAGAGCACCGCAAUUGUAGAACGACCUACCGCACAAUUUAAAAUCUUCCCUAAGCCUAAAGUUCUUUUAGAGAUCCCUCUCUACUUACCUCAAAACAGAAUGCACCUGUCAUGGUUGAUUAUAUAUUUCCUGCCUGUUCUAUGUUAAAUUUUGUAUUUAUUGUGUAUUAAUAUUGUUUUUGUAUUUUAUUGUACCCUACUUGUAACAAUGCAAUGAUUUGUGGACCCAGGACAUACUUGAAAACGAGAGAAAUCUCAAAUCUAUCCUGGUAAAAUAUUUUAUAAAUAAAUAAAUGCGGAGAUCACCCCAGAGGUUAGCGAGUUCUUAGUUCGCCAGUUCCUGACGACUCUUUUGUUGAUCCAUCUUUCAGGCUGCAGUGUGUCUCUGUCCCGAGAGUCAUGGGGCCGCAUUCUGCAGUCUGGAUUCCCUUGGGACGAAGGGGACCACCGUGGCUGGGUCCCAAAGUCCUGUUGUUGCAGUUCCAGUUGUCUCAGGGUUUGGAGUAGAGAUCUCCAGGUUACGAAGGAAUGUUGGUGCCUCACUCAUUGUUGUUAGUGUAUGAGUAGUCCCAUCUCGGGUGAGUAUGAUUGUACAGUUUGCAACCCACUUGUAGGCCAGGUUUGCUGCUCAGAGUUGUGCAGUGACCGUGCCAAAAGCUUUGCGUUGCAAAAGUGUUGCCUUUGUGAGGUCAUGGUAGAAUGUGAGAGAGGUGUUUUCAAACAUUAGUGGUGUUUUACCUCUUAGGGCCGACAUGAUUUGGAUUAGGAUCACAUCCCGGGGCUGAGUAGGUUUGACCGGGGUGGUGCUGGCGAGACGAUAGACUCCAUCUAUGGUGAUUUUUUUUUUUUUUGCCGCUGUGUGAGGCAGGAUUGUAAGUAAGAGUCUGCGGAUAUAAUGUGGGAGUUCCCCUGCCGUGAUUGUAGCUGGGAUUCCCCUUAUUUUAAUAUGGGUGCGUCUUUGGCUUCCCCGCUGCUAAUUUGUGUGUGAGGGUUUGCUGAGUGGUUUGCAUUUGGAUUAUUGAUUCAUCAAGUUUAGCUAGUUGGCUCUGCACUGCCAUCACGUCUUUCUCUGUGGCUCUCACCUUUUCUGUGACCGCGUGUACCUCCGUUUUUAAGAGGGUGGAAUCGGCGGCCAGCAGUUUGUGGAUGUCUGCUAAUAAUAUUUUUAGGUCCUGUUUGGUUGUCGAGACAGAGUCAUCAGAGGGGUCUUGCACCGUGGUUAGUGGGGUCUCCUCACCUUGUUGUUGUUCCCGGGUCGGGUGGUGUCCGGGUGUCGCCACUUGCGGUACUUCCGCGGACUCGGGCCUGUGAGGAGUAGGCCUCUGGAGCAGCUCUCCAAUGUCCCUGGUCUCCUUUGCGGCUUGGUGUGUUUGUGAUCGUCUGCCCAUUGACUGCGUGUGUGCCGUCGGGGUUGAGGUAUGUGCCUGUUCGGCUCCUCUUGCCGUUAUGCUUUCCAGCAGCUCCCCCAGGUCCGGGAUCAAUGGCGUGUGGUAGGCCCGAGACGUUCGUAUCCUUUGGGGUAGUCUCUGGGUGGUGAAGAACGGCAUCAAUCAGUGCCGGCUGUUUACUGGAGCGAGUGGUGAGGGUUUCGAGUUCGGAUCGGGCUCAGGUUGGCUGAUAUUUGUGGGAUUGAUCAGAUAUGAGUCGGAGCUGGCAGAAAUGGCGUCCUGUUCAUUUGCUCGUAGGCUCCGCCCCAUCUUGCAUUUUUUAAGCUUAUGGCAUAGGGCCACACUGAAAUAUACACUGUCUAGCUGCCUCUCUCCAGUGACUCUGAUUUUGAGGAACAGAGAAUUACUCCUGGGUAUGAUGGCGGGGGACUUCGCCAAUAUCAAAAAAUCUGGGCUCCAACAUCUCUAUCAGGGAAGAUAGAUAAUACCUGUCCAAGAACUAUCUAAGAUGCCACCUAUACGGCUAAAUAUUUUUUACAUUCAGAUUAGAGACUGUGCAAGAAGGGAAGAUAUCAAGCAGACGGCCAAUUAUUGUAUGUAAAAUGGUGGGAAAGGGAUCUGGGGGAGAACAAGAACGAGGUACUUUGGAAGACGUUGGAGGCAGGCAGAAAGGUUUCCACAUAUGUAGGCAUGCAAAAACUGAUGUUCAAAAUCCUCCCGAGGUGGCACACUGUGCCAAUGAAACUCUAUAAAAUGGGGAACGCUGCAAAAGAUAUAUGCUGGCAACAAUGUGGGUCACAGUGGUGGGAUUGUCCUGAGGUUCACAAUUACUGGGAAAGCAUCACAACAUGAUCAUGGCAUGUUUGUCAUUUGACUUGGACCCUUGGUGAUUAAAAUCAUACUGGCAGCCAGAAGGACUCUGGUGGUGAAUAUCCCCCGAAAAUAAGCCAGGGCCUUUUUUGAGGGAUGUCUUAUUUACAGGAAGAAAUGGUAGGCAUAUUUCUGUACAGUUUAUCACACCUGGUCUUGAGUUCUGUACCGCGUAUUUACUGUACUAUGCUUUAUCUGGAACAUUUAAUAGCCACUCACUGUUAUAAAAUGAGGUAAGGCCUAUCUGUAUGCAUAUAUGUUAUUUGCAAUUGCUCUUGGUCAAUUCCUAUCUGGUUUCAUAGGAUUGUCACAUACUUUAAUAAAAAAGUGACUGAGGGAAAAAAAAAAAAAGUUAAUCUGAGAGAGAAAUCAUCUCAAAGUAAUGGCAUUCUGCUCUCUGUGAACGGCUUGCAGCAGAUGUGAUCUAUUUAGAGUUUGCUAAAGCAUUUAAUACAAUUUUUAAGGUUGCUGGUUUACAGGAAAGGUUAUUAAAUUGAAAACGGGCUUAAAGAAAGCGUGCAGAGUUACUGUUGGAAUAAAAACCUAAACUUGUUGAAAGCACGAUAAGCAGAUUACUCAGCGGUCUCUUCGUAGAUCUACUUAGACUUAAAGGAACACUCCAACAAGUAUGCGAAAUGCAUGAGGAAGAGCAGCCUCUUGGGGUACAACUUAACAACUGUAUGAAAGUGCCAAUUUCUCUUGGACAUUUUACUAACCCCUAGUACGCAGAGUGUUUCGAGUGUUCUUCUAAAGAGGAGCACUCACAUGCGCAAUUUUAACACAAACUAACAGUUAUGUAAGAGAGGUAACGAUUGCAUGUGCUAAAAUGUUUUUACAAUUCUUUCCUUCUAAAAAAAGAAAUAAUGAAUAUGUUUUUAUUUUCGUUUAUACGUUUUGCCAGGCGUACACUACGCAUUUGUGUUUAUGGCAUUGCUGAAGAAAAUGACAAACAUCCAUGCGCAUGUACAUCAUUCUGUUAGAUCCCUGAGCACUCUCACGCACUCCACAGAUGACAUCGGACAGCAAAGAGCACUGGAGGUAACUCAUGCUUUAUGCUGUUAUUCAUCCUGCUGAAUCCUGUUGUAGUGUUUUACUGAAGGAACCGAAACACGUGUCAAGCUAUUUUCCUUUUCACACUUGGUAGCACUUUUUUUUAUCACUAUGCUAUUUAGUUCUUUUAGUUAUAUGUUUUCUUUUUUAGGCAGGGACAGUUUGGUUUAGGUAGGUACUAAUGGAUUUAUCCAUGGUGCCGAGGUAUUUCUAGGUUCAGUUUUUUGCUAUGUAGCCUGCUCCUAGGAUCCUUUUUGGGGGAUUGUCUCCUUGUCGAUAUCUACCUUCACCUUGGGGUGGGGUGGGGGGGGAGGGUUGUGUUUGGUUUAGGAGGUUUUACCAUUAUAGGGUCUAGUGUGGAGUUAAUCUCUGUUGUGGUUUCUCCACAGCUGUUUUUAUCCCUUUACCCCUCCUUUGUAUAAAUACCUCUCCCCUUGUGUUCCCAGUUCCUGGCUACUGUGCAGACCCUGUUUUCUCAAGGGAUUCCCCUUUUUGUUUUUUAUAAAAGCUUCCUUACAAUCUAGCAGUGGUAACCAGGCGAUGAUGUUUUUCUGACUUGUGCACUGAGAAUGUCAAAUGUGUCAUUAAUCUGUUCUAUUCCAUAAAGACAUUGCAGUGUGUUUCCUAGCUACCUCUAAAUUGACUUUUUAAAUAUUGUGCAGAUGUAUAUUUAUUAUUAUUAUUAUUUUGAUACUUCUAUUUUAGUUUGAGUGCCUAUUUUUAUUUUGUUUGGUGCAAUUGACUAGGGAGGAAUCAUUAGUUAAAGGGAUUCACCGGGCACCAACUUUACUGCAUUUUGUUUUGGCCCCAUUUAUAUGCUGUAUUUUUGCAUGUUAAAAUCAUAAAAUAAACAGUUUUGUAGGAUGCUGCACCAUAAACCCGCCUCCUUGGCCAAAUCCCCUCACUCCUGAAAAAAAACUUCCUAAAGUAAGCACUGAGGGAGCUGCUUUUAAAGGUGCUAUGCGCAACAGAUGCAGCCUCAACCCAAAUUAAAUUAAAGAGACAAGCGCCGAGACUCACUCCUACAAAACUGCUGUUUUACAUUAUAGGUUUGAAAUGACAUGGUCACUGCGCCAGGACCACUUCGUUGAGUUGAAGUGGUCUGGUUGCCUUUAGUGGUUCUUUAAUUCUUAACCUGACUGCAGACAGUCAGAUAAUGUACAAACAGGUAGUGAUAUUCUUACUAUAUGUCUCCCUGGGUGCCUUUUUUCUUAUUCAGGUUGCUAUGUAGCUCAGAUCUCUCAGGCCAAAAAGUAACAAACAUUUAAGUUGUAUUAGUGCCCCGAUUGUCCCUUUCUGCUUCUCUGCACAAGAAUUUGAAUGUAUUGGAAUAUUACACAGGAAUAUGGCAGAUGACAAUUGCUUUACACAUGCAGAAUGGAAGCAUUAACAAGCUGUACCCUUAUCUGUUAAGGAAUAAAUUCUCCUCCCUCCACUCCUCUCUAUCUCAACCUCACUUGGACCGUACCAUCCCUACCCUCCAAGCCUUUUUUCCAGCUACUGAACAGGAGGUGGCUGCACUACUCUUUUCCUCUUGUCCCACCACAUGUCCACUUGAUUCUAUCCUGUCUCACCUCAUCUCUCGCCUCUUGUCUUGUGCCAUCCCCAAUGCACAUCUUCAACUUCCUCUGGUGUUGUCCCUGCUCCUCUUAAGCAUGCUACUGUUGUACCCAUCCUAAAAAAGUCAAGUCUUGACCCAGCUAUCCCUUCCAACUAUCGUCCCAUAUCCCUGCUCCCCUUUUCCUCAGAUUUUCUGGAAAGACUUGUCUUUAACCGUCUGGCUCGUUCCUCAAUUCUAACUCUCUCCUCGACCCUCUUAAGUCUGGAUUCCGCCUCCUCCACUCCACAGAGACCGCUCUAAUGAUCUAAUUUAGGCUAAAUCCAAAGGCAACUACUCCAUACUAAUUCUUCUCGACCUCUCUGCUGCCUUUAACACUGUUAAUCAUGGCCUUCUUUUCAAAACUGUUCAAUCACUUGGUCUCUGUGACACAGCCCUCUCAUGGUUCUCCUCCUAUCUCUCCCAAUGUUCAUUCAGUGUCUCCUUUUCCAAUGACACCUCCUCCUCUCAAUCUGUUUCAGUCGGAGUCCCUCAAGGUUUUGUUCUCUCUCUAUACUGCCUCUCUUGGCAAACUCAUUAAUUUGUUUGAAUUCUGCUACCACAUGUACGCGGAUAACACCCAGAUAUAUCUCUCCUCCCCUGACCUAUCCCCAGCUGUCCUGCAACGUGUCACCAAUUGCCUUUUUUCCAUCUCAAACUUUCUGAAACUCAAUCUCUCUAAAACUGAACUCCUUGUCUUCCCUCCUAGUAAUACCGAUCCUCCUCUUUACCUCUCCUUUCAAGUUAGUGGUACACAUAUUAGCCCAUCCUUGCAAGUGCACUGUCUUGGCGUUAUUCUUGAUUCUGGCCUCACCUUUGAGUCUCACAUCUAGUAUGUUACCAAUUACUGUCUAUUCAACCUUUAAAAUAUAGCUCACAUCUGCCCCUUUCUUACGCAGUAUACUACUAAGGAACUUGUCCAUGCUCUAGUAAUCACAAAGAAUGGUAUGUCUACAAGAGUGAUACUAGCUCUUAACACCUGUGAGGUAUCCCCUACACCUUCACCUUAAAUCAUAUAUAACACACAAAAAAAUAGGUGUAGCAAGUUGUGACAAAUAAAGAUAUACUUCCCUCUCUUCUUACUGUAUCACUGUAAAAAUAGAGAGGUACAUAAUAGUGCAGAUAUCUCAAUACAUAAUAUGUCGAAUAGAUAUUACUCAAACACUCUCACAAAGAAAGAGCCAUAUACUGGACCUGGCUCUGGUAUGAAUCUCCUUAGGAUCUCUUUUGGGUGAUACAAACACCUUUGGUGGUGUAAAAGAUGUUUGGUACUUCUUUCCCAAGGAUAGGCAGCAGAGAUGAAGUUAAUUCCAAAGAUAAAUUUAUUAAAUAAAACACUGGAUAAAAUAAAUGCCAAUAAAAAGUCUACUAGUGUCCAAAGUUUUGCCAAAAUGCGUUUCGCCGAUAUGUGGCUUCCUCAGUUGGCGUGGAUAAUGUUGUGUCCUUUGGUUUCUUAAAUACUGUAUUUUGAUUCUGAUUUUCGCGGUCUUUCUUGGUGGAACGCAUCCUGCGUUCCACCUCCUACUUCCGGGUUCUCCGCGUCAUAUCCGGUUGCGUCUGAUUCUGCGUCUGUCAGGAUCGGCUUCAACGGAACGCAUAUUGCAUUUCAUUUGGUCAAAAACUUAUAUUGAAAUGCCAAAAGAGCCAUGAUGGAAUUUAUAUGUAUUCAACAGUACAACAAUUUCCAAAGUGCAACUAUACAUGUAUUUCAUCCUUAAAACAUGAAUAAAAUACUCUCAAUCUCAUAAAAUUUGUCUCAAUCGGUUCUAUUAUAUGACAGUCAUUUCAUUUGAAAGUAAUUUUUUUUUUAAAUUCUGCCCUUCCCUCUUUUAUAAAAAGAUAGUAUAUUUCCUAAAAAUAUUUAUUAUAUUCUAAAAGGAUCCAAAAUCUACAUAAAGACUUAUAAACCUAUAUUUUGUGUUAAUAACACAAAAUAUAAAUAAAAAAUUUCAAUUUUCAUAAUUAUAUAUAAAAAUAAGGAGUAUGGAACCACUAAAAACAUAAGAGAGAAAAGUGGAUAAUUCUUAUCUUGAAGGUACUAAAUUAUUAAAAUAUUGUUAAAAUGUUCAAAAGUAAUUUAAAAAAAUAUUUUAAAAGUAUAAUUACAUAUUUAAAUGCAACUUUAAUUGGGAAUAGAAUCAUAUAGUUAGUUACAAAUAUUUAUGCUAAGAAAUGGCAUAACUCGAAAUCUUGAUUUAAGACCAUCAGGAAUAAGUGUUUUAAAAUUAUAAAUACAUUUCUUCUCGUAAUCUCUUGCAUGGAUUAUUGUAACCCUUCCCCAGAAGCCCCAUUGCCCCACUACAGUCUGUAAUGAAUGCUGCAGCUGUCAGACUGAUUUUCCUCUCUAGUUGGUCCUCUCACACCCCACCCCUCUUUCAGUCCUUACAUUGGCUUCCUGUAUCCUAUAGGAGUCAAUUUAAAGUACUAAUCCAUACCCAUAAAGCACUGAACAAUUCUAGCCCAUCCUAUAUCUCUUCACUGAUCCAUAAGUAUGCCCCUUCUCGGUCUCUCUGCUCUUCUGCUCACACCCAUACGGCCAACUCACACUUGCAGAACUUCUCACAGGUGGCUCCCUUCCUAUGGAAUAGCCUGCUUACCGCCAUCAGUCUCUCUCUUAGUCUUUAAUUGUUUAAAAAGUGCCUUAAAACCUUUUUAGGAAAGCUUAUGGCUUCCCAGAGUAACCUCUACCUCACAUACCUCUCUCCUAGAGGGCAACACUCUACUCUCUCCUACUGCCUUACUCCCACCUACUGUGAUUGCUAUCUCCUGUCCUACUGUGUUUUACACCCCAGGUCCUCUAGACUGUAAGCUCGUUUGAGCAGGGUCCUCUUCAACCCAUCGUUCCUGUAAGUUUUUGUAAUGGUCUCAUUUAUUAUUAAAUCUCCCCUCCUAUAAUAUUGUAAAGCGCUACGGAAUCUGUUGGCACUAUAUAAAUACCAGUAAUAAUAAUAAUAACUGUCAUUCUGCCACCAUCUGGGGUCUGCUGCUGGGUGUCCACCUGCUGGGCGAUACAGGGGGAGGAGAGUUAUACUUACCUGAAUCUAUUCCUCGCGGCCGCCACCAUGCCCUUCCUGCCAGUACUCUUCAGCUCCUGGCCCACAUCAGUGUGGUAUACAUAUUCUUUACACAUUUUUUUAAACUUGUCCAGCUUAAGAAAACACAGUUUCUACUUUGUCUUACUAUAUUUUUUUUAACUGUAUGGAAUGUCAGCGAAAUUCCAACACCGUCAACAUGAGUAUUUCAGGCUCAUUUUAUCUUCAUUAAAUAUUAGUUUUGGAGGGCCGGGGUCGCUUUAAAGAUGUAAGUAGAUGAGAAUAAUUUGUAGAUAAUAUAGUGUUAUGAAGUUGAUGUAUACCUAUAAACUGCCCUACAAUUUUACAUAUUUUCAUUUUAGGUUGGCUUUACAACCAAGAACUAAUCCGUUAAUACAAAGUUGUAUAACAAGCUGCAUUAAUAUAUUUCCCUUUCACCUGGCAGCAUUUAUAGUUCACGGCUAUUGUGUAUUUACUCUAUUUUAGUAGUUUCUCCUCGGGUGAGAGGACACCCCACGGCUCAGUGCGGUUAUUAGCCAUGGGAUGGACACCCAUGGCCUCAGUGCAGUUAUUAGCCAUGUGAUGGACACCCCGGGGCUCGGUGUGAUUUUUUUUUUUUUUUUUUUAGCCCUGGGGGGCUCGGUGUGACGUUUUAGCUAUGGACGGACACACCCUGGGGCUCGGUGUGAUUUUUAGCCAUGGGAUGGACACCCUGGGGCUCGGUGUGAUUUUUAGCCAUGGGAUGGACACCCUGGGGCUCGGUGUGAUUUUUUUAGCCAUGGGAUGGACACCCUGGGGCUCGGUGUGAUUUUUAGCCAUGGGAUGGACACCCUGGGGCUCGGUGUGAUUUUUAGCCAUGGGAUGGACACCCUGGGGCUCGGUGUGUUUGUUUUAGCCAUGGGAUGGACACCCUGGGGCUCGGUGUGAUUGUUUUAGCCAUGGGAUGGACACCCUGGGGCUCGGUGUGAUUUUUAGCCAUGGGAUGGACACCCUGUGGCUCGGUGUGAUUUUUAGCCAUGGGAUGGACACCCUGGGGCUCGGUGUGAUUGUUUUAGCCAUGGGAUGGACACCCUGGGGCUUGGUGUGAUUUUUAGCCAUGGGAUGGACACCCUGGGGCUCGGUGUGAUUUUUAGCCAUGGGAUGGACACCCCGGGGCUCGGUGCGGUUAUUAGCCAUGGGAUGGACACCCUGGGGCUCGGUGUGAUUUUUAGCCAUGGGAUGGACACCACGGGGCUUGGUGAGAUUUUUAGCCAUGGGAUGGACACCCUGGGGCUUGGUGCGGUUAUUAGCCAUGAGAUGGACACCCUGAGGUUGAUGUGAUUAUUAGCCAUGUAAUGGGAACUUUAUGCGAGGGUCACUAGGGCUCAACGUUGUCUGUCUGCUUCAUUACCAUAGAGAAAGACUUGGAGGUUGCUUGUGUCUUUGGCAGGAUUCACUGUCUCGCCAUUUGUGAUGUAACUGAGCCAGACUUCAGAGGACCAUUAAUCAAUGUCAUGGCCAAUUAGUGGUUGCCAGUGUUUACUAAUGAAUAUUAAUCUGUUCCUUCACCAUCUGUGCUCUGUGGUCUUACAGUGAAACACAAUGUGUUUUUAUAUAGGAAUAUUCUGGUUUUAUAGUCUCCACAUAUUAUUGUGAUGGAGGGCAGUAUAUUCUAUACAUUAAACUCUCAAAAAGGAACAGUAAUUUCUUUAAACCUGAUUACCAAAUGUAAUACCAGUUAUUCAUCCAAGAUGAUGACUGUUUUUAGUAGUUCCAGAAAGACUCUGUGGACAAAAUUUGUCUCUUUCGGUGGCCGUAGUGUGGCCGUAUGCCCCUAUCUAGAGUUACGUGAGAGAUUCACAUUUGUAUUGUAUAUAGCUACAUCAGAGAGGCCCAAAUGGUAGAUCGCCAGAUGUUGUAGACAGGGCUGCCACCAGAAAUUUUGGGGCCCCUGACAAAGCACAAGGUCUGGGCCCCCGGCAUGCCCACGAGACUCCUACCUAGUCCGCUGACAAUGAUGCAGGACUGAAUGUGGUGUGUAUAGUGGAAGUGAAUUAGAAUGUGUGUAAUGGAUGUAAUGCUUGUGUGUAUUAGAUACUGUUUGAGUAGUGGAUGUAGUGUGUAUUUGUGUAGUGGAUGUAGUGUUUGUGUGGACUAGAUGCAAUGUGUUUAGUGGCUGCAGUGGAUGUAGUGUGUAUAUUAGACGCAGUGUCUCUGUAUAGUGAAUGCAAAGUGUUUGAAUGUGUGGUGGAUGUAGUGUGUGUACUGUGAAUACAGGAUGUUUGUGUAGUGGGUGCUCUGUGUAUAGUGAAUGCAGUGGGUGUGUGUCAGUGUAGUGAAUCCAGAGUGUGUGUCAGUGUAGUGGAUGCAGAGUGUGUGUGUUUACUAGUGUAUGUAUGUUGUGUAAAUGGAGCAUUUUCCCCUCCCCCCACAUUAAAUGUAAAAAAAAGCUAUGCCCCCCUCCCCCCCCCCCUGCUUCUUACCUGCUUCAGGGAGGGGGGAGAUUCCAUUCCUAUUAAAUCUAAAUAAAAACUGUGAAAGAAUGGUUUUACUUACCUUUCACCCCUCUGUCCCUCCCCCCCCCCAAUAACCAAUAUAGCGUUCCUGCAGCCUCUUGCCCUACCCCCAGUGAUGCUUCUAACAGUCCUAUUUAAUACUCUUCAUAGAGGAGCAUUGGGGAGGAAUGUGCAUGCGCAGCACCCCUAUUGGUGGUUAGCUGUGUGCCUUGGUUCUCAUGGUCGAUGCGCAUCUAAGUAGACAGCCACUAGACGCGUAUUUAACCCUGCAGUGUAACCAUUGUCGUUUCCAGUAAAAGAUAAUGAUUUACUUUGCAGGGUUGAAGCUAUAGGACCACUGAGCAAAAUGUUGUACUUGCAUAGGGAAGCACUUGGAGGCUACUGCACAUGUGUGGCUAUCACUUCACUGUCCCAAUCAGCAUCUUCUUAUAGAAAUAUAUAAAAAAAAGCAGAGAAUGAGAUGCUGUACGUAGGUCAUGGAAUCUUUGCAGGACCUAGUCUAGGAAGUCCAGCCACUAUAGGUGGCCUUAGGCAGCAAUGUAAUCACCAUCUUUUCUUAUAAAUUUGGAAAGCGAGCUUAUAAGAAAUAACAAACAGGGUUCAGUACACAGACAAAUCAAUCAAUUAAUUACCAGUGUUCCUUUUAACAUGGAAGGUAACUAUGUCUUUGCCUACAUCACUUCUAUUACGGUUUAUCUGCUCCAAAUAGUUCUACUACAAUUGAAAUACUUAUUAUGGGGUGGUUAUGUGUAGUGAGUGGAAUUUUCACCCAAACAGUCACUCGGCUCAUGAUAUACAUAUGUACUAAAAAACAAACAAAAGAAAAACAUUCGGAGGUCACUACCCAAAACAUACCUUUAUAUAAUAACAGACAUUUUAGUAAGAAUUUCAAGUUUUGUAGAUGCUCUUUAUUUUUUGUGAUCUGAAGAAGGUUAAUGAGCAAAGUCUCUGUAAAAGGGCACUGUAUCUUUAAAUACAGCAGAGGAGGUUGUUUGAAGGAGGGCAGAGGGAGGAGGAUUUCAUGUGCAAGGCUUUAAAUGCAGAGAGAACGUAGAGAGCGAGAGAAUAAUCAGAAGAUGGAGAGCUAGAGCUGGUAGACGAGUAAACUGGGUUGAUAGUGACUCCGUGCAUUCCGGGCGGCAGGAAAGCUGGUGAUGAUCUGAGACCCUGCAACAGGCAAAAUCUGUGAAGACUCAAACCUAGGAACCAUGGAGAUAGAAGACUUAUCAGAAACUCAAAAAUUUUUGAUCCGAGACAGCUGGCACAUAGUGAGCCAGGAUCAGCUCCACCAUGGCACGGUACUGUUUACCAGGUGAGGGUUACCGGCACAGAGGAACUGUGCUACUCAAAGGCUGGGCACGCGCCCCUGAGGGUUAACAGGUAAACACGAAUACUGAUAGGUUCACCAGGUGAAAGGUAACUGACACAUGCUGGAACUGUAAGGAAUUAACUGGCGCAGACUAGCACUGUACAAUUAACCUGUUAAGAUAUAACUGGCACACUGCUAGUCAGCAGGUAAGACAUUCCAUAAACAGCCUCUGCCAGUAUUCAUCAGGUGAACAGUGACCAUAUAAUGUAAAUAAUUGAAAACAUGCCACUGUGAUAUUAAAUGGCACACACAACAGGCUGUUUAAAGUUUGCAGGCACUACACUAUUUACCUGGUAGGGGCUAACUGGUGCAAACUGGCAAGGUACCAUUCACCAGGUGAGGUUUAUCAGACGCUGUGAUAUUCUCCAGGUUACAGUUAAAUGGCACUGUGUCUCUGUGCUGUUUAACAGGUAAGAAUUUACGAACACCUUAAUUGGAUGCGAAGACCACAGCCCUUUGCCAUUCAAAAGGCACGUUACCUGGCACUAUUAUGUAACUGGUGAAAGAGAACUGCACGGUGCCAUUUGGCACUUAAUUCAGGAAAUUAGUAGAGUGACUGUAUGUGUUUCACCCGGUGAGGAUCUACGAUCCUUAGAACCCAAACUUGUUUGUAAGGCAGCCCCCGACCCACCCUGGAGUGGAGGACGAGGGCAUCUAUGAAUAGUAUCGUUUUAUUGAAUGCUAUGAAAUGCCUCUUUAAUGUGAUGAUUAUAUCACAUCAGUGACUAGACUAACGUGGUUUUGUGGAUGUUUAAGGAAACACAAUAGUUAAGAGCUGGGAGAUUUUUAACUUUUUUGUGCUGGUGGGCUGUUGUCCUUCGGAAAGCCAACUUCAAGAGGAUCAAUAGUACUGAAGAAUUUGGAGGAUUGAACUUGUGGAUGGAAAUAAACUUGGAGUUCCUAACCGCACAUUAGGUCCUGGGGGUCUAACCUGAUGUAUCAAAAGGUCCCUCUGCACGGGGUUGCCUUUGUCUGGCUAGGGUCCAUUUCUGCACUAGAUAUUGUGGUGUAAUUUCAUCCCAUCCUCUUUGUUUUGACCAAGGCCACAUUCCAGUGUGUUAGUUGAUCAUAUUCUAGUUGAACAUGAUCACAUUCAUACUUUGAGGCAUGCCGAAAUUGUGUGCUCUGCAGGAUAAAAACAUUUUCAUGGAGUUCUGUGGGGGUCUGACCGUUCCACUUUUAAUGAGGAUGAUGGAGAUUCUAUGGGUAAGCUAACAAUGUACAUUUUGUUUUAGCCAGUGCCCUCCUUUUCCCAAAUCCUAAUCCUGUCCCCUAAUUUCCAUGGUCUAAUGCCUAACCUUUAUUUUCUUACUCUAACCUUUCAGUUUAUUUCCUGACAGUGUGAACCUGUUUCCUUAUACCUCUCAACAAUUCCUAUAUAUUCAUCUAACACUAAGUGAAGUGACCUGCUUGGUUAUGGCGAAGUAUCUGGGCUCAGUCAAAUAGAUUAGACUCCACUUGGCAAUUUGAAAUCACUUGCACUAGUGCCAUUCUGUCUACAGGAAUGCUUGCUUUUCUGGGGAGGGAGGGUUCUGUACAAGAAUGACUGACUUUGACUGGAGGUUGUAUUUCUGGAUAGAGUUUGGUGUCUGUGGGUCAAUUUUAGAAUCAAAUUACCUUUGUCUGUUGGGCUUGGAGUUAAUUUGGGCACAAGAUUACCUGACUGUUCAGCAUAAGACCAUCUGUGAGCAAGCCUAUUUCAGUGUAGGAUUUUGUCUUUGGAUUUGUCAUGAACUGUCCCUUCCCCACAGGCUGUUUCAGUUGGAACCAGAGCUGGUCUUCCUCUUUCACUAUAACUCGGCCGAGUUCUCGGACGUCCAAGAAUGCCUGAGUUCUACUGAGUUCAUGGAUCAUAUCCGCAAAGUGAGUGGUGAGUGUAAGUGUGAGUGGCGUGUGUGGUGCCACAAUCUUAAUCAGUAUCCGAUGUUUAAACCUCAAACUUGUUAGUUACUCAAAAUUGUCCGGACUCCAAAUUCAUUCAUGACCUAAUAUGUGUUUAAUAUUCAUGGAGAAUAUUUGGAUGAAAUCACAGGAUAAUCCUUUGCCACAAAAGCAGAUAUGUUUUAAAUGUUGUAUAUUCUGAUGCCAGUUGUAAUAUAUGAUUAUAUAUUUUACUAGAACCUCUGGCAGUAAAUGUAUUCCUGCAAAUAACUGUGUAGUAAAACACUAUGUUGAUCACAAUAAGGAAUAUGUUUUGUAUGACAGCUUAUAACUAUCAGCAUUUGUCAAACCAGUUGAUAAAUACCAGGAGGGCUCUCUCUCUCCCAUUUUACCUCAAUCUAUCAUAUCAGAGAUUUACUGGUGGUAAAAAUGUCUUAAGAUCACUUACUAAUAAACUAUAAACUCAUACAUUUUAUAUGUUACAUUUGAAUAACCCAGAUACACAUUAGUGAAUAUACCGUACGCCUGACAUUAAUUUCUCCAGGGUUUUAUUUUACUAUAUGGUCAGUUGUGAACAGGCAGUCAACAAGAUACUGGAAUCCCAUGGCAACAUUCACUAUUCACUAAAGUGGGAAGUGUCAUGAAUUCAAAGUGAAAUUUAGGCCAAAAUUAACACAUUAGAAAAAUUAUGUAAGUCAAUUCUGAUUUCAAUUUGACUAUUUUGGCCUUAAAUUUACUUUGACUUUCCACUCCAGUGAAUAUCCUUGUUGGUGUGUUUUGGAUAUCUGAUAGACCAGUAGGCGAUUCGUGUAGCUGUCCUUUAAGGUUAAAGGAUAAUCUAAGCACCACAACCACUUAUGUUUAAUUUAUUCGUUAUGGUGCAAGUCUUUCACUACAUUCCUUAUAGCUGCAGUGAUUUGCAUACUUUGCAGUAGCCGUAUGCCCACAUUCCCACACUGUGAUUUUGUAGACCAUGCAUCUCUGUGCAUGAAUUAUUUGCCUGGAGCUCACACAUGCUGGGCUGUAACAGUUUCUUGGCAUGCGUGUCGCUCAUUUCUGGAGCAGUUUUAGACCAUUUUUUAUUGUUUAGAUCUUGUUUAGGUCGCUGUGCAACAUUAUCCAUUAUUUAUUUAGUGGCAAUAUAUGCGGUUACAUUCCAUGUCUCAGGACAUUAUGGUGGAUGCAUUUUUUCAUGCAAUAGAUAAGACACCAGGUAAGAGCUCUUGGUCAGGGGAUUGGAGGCUAUAAAACAACCAUUUUGUUGGGCAGCUAUGGUUUUGAUUCCUGCAGUGUGUGUGUGUGUGUGUGUGUAUGUAUAUAUGUAUAAUAUAUAUAUAUAUAUUUUUCGAAUAAUUCUCUACUUCAUGGGAGAUGCUAUAUGUUUGAGGCUUACACUGUGAAGACACCGCUACCACCUAGUGGCCAAAAACAAAAUCAAAUAUAAGAAAUCAAUAGGGAAAGUCAAAGUGUGUAAUGCCAUUUAUGCCAUAGUUGGACACUUACAGUAUGUGAUUAUAUAGAUACAUUAGAAACUGUGGUAACAAAAGAUCUAAAUCAAACAGCUAGGAAUCUAAUUUGACAGUUAUCCAUAGUAGUCUGUUAACAAAAGACUGUUCUGUGUAGGUAGACUCAGUCCAGCACAGAAUAAUAUCGGGUAUUAGAUGAAAACAAUCUGUUUUGCACACUUUAGUUUUAUGUUGCUAUCAUAUCACACUGGGUCUCUGUUCCUUCUGGUUAUUGAAAUAGACUGUGUGUGUGUGUUGGGUACAAUAAUUACCAAGUACAAAUCCAUCCAAUCUGGAUAGCAAUGAUAGGCUGAACCCACUCUCAGAAACCGUAGACGUGCAUUAACUAUUGGACAAAUAGGAAUUCAGAAGCUUCCUAAGUCUAUAGCAUACUAAAUUACUGAAAACAAACGUUUUGCAAAUGAUAAACUUGGCUAUUGAGCAACUGAAACAGCAAAAUUAAGAAAAUUGCUUUUUUUUUUUUUUCUUAAUUGUGAUACUUCAGCUGUUUAGUAGAUAGCUCUCUCAUUUGGUAUGUUUUUGGGAUUGCCAUAAGGUUAAGUUUAUCUACCAAGAGACUUAUCUGCUAAGCAACUGAAAGCAAAUUUUAAAUUUCCCCUCUUACAGCUAUUUAGUAGAUAGCUCCCUACCUUGCUACCCUGAUGUUGGAUUACCCUACAUAAGAUUCUAAAUUAGGUUGCUAUUUGGUAGACGGCUCCCUUAAAGGGACUUUAUAGGCACCCAGGCCACUUGAAGUGCCCCUGUUCCCUUAACCCUGCAAUUGUAGUUAUUGAUAAACUGCAGUGAUUACCUUGCAGGGUUAACUCUACCUCUAGUGGCGAGGGAGGAGGGCACUUUGUAUUCCUAGUCCUAGCACUAUAGUUUCCCUUUAAUUUGUUGCCCUAAUGUAGGGUCCCCUUACGUAGGAUACCACAUUCCGUUUAAUUGAAAGCUCUCAUAUUUUUGGUACCCUGAUGCGGGAUGGCCUAUUUAUAGAUACCAAAUUAGGGCGCUGUUUAGUAGGGUUUUGUUUUGUUUAUUUUGGAAAACAUUUUUAAUGUUGUGCAUGAUGUGAAAAGUGCUGCCCUCUGACUUUCAAAACCACUGCAUUGGCAUGGUGGCACUUUUCACAUCCUGCACAAGUUUUUGCUAAACUAUUUUUUUGGGGGGGGGCGUUUUUAUGCUGUUCUGCAGUGUGUGACAAGUGCUUGCUGCACUUGGUAACUUUGAAAAACACAGUAUUGGCAUGACAGCACUUUUCACACCUUGCACAACUGUUUGCUAAAUGUUUGCAUUAUCCUUUCUCUUUGAAAACUGUUGCAUACUGCUGUACUGACCUUGGUGAUCUAAAACUCCUACUGUGGGUAAACAAUUUUCUCACCCUGCACAACAACAAGCAAUUUCACUAAAUAGUGUCCUAAUUUGGCAUCCUAAGGGGAACCCCACACCAUGGUACUAAAUUAGGGGGAACCAUAUACUAAACAGCGCCGUAUAGGGAAUAACAGAUUCCCACAUUUCCAAAAAUAUUCAGAAGAACUUCAGAUUAAUCAUUAAUGCAUUUUGGCAAAACACAUUUCAGAAUUACUGAACCACAUUUUUCCCCAUUGUACAUGUCUAGUGAUAAGACUCAUAGCACCAUAACCACUACAAUAAGCUGUAGUAUAAAUUGUGGAUAGAGUCACUUUAAUUAUUCAGCACUGUAUUCAUUCCUGCCAUCAAAGUGCUGUUAUAAGAAAACUGGUGCAAAGUUGUUAAAUUCAAAUACUUUCAUAUAGACUGAAACUGCCUGCUGAUCUUGUGUCCCCAGGAGUCUCCUGAUCUAUUGUAUGUAAUGUGCUGGAGCUUUGCUCCCCCGUUGACAGGAAAAGACUGUAAAGAACGAAACCUGUUAACAAAGCCAACAUAGUUGGUUUUCCUCCUUUAUUUUACAGUAACAUUUUUAAAAAAUCUUUUUAAAUAAAGCACAUUUCUGAUAGCUUGCAUUUGAGAUCAUGUCGGACAAAGUACAGGCAAGUCAAUCUAUAAGUAGACUUGAUUCCGUGCAUAGGCCCCCAGAUAAUUACCAAGAUUAGGAUGUAAAAUGUUACAAGAUAUCUUACUAUUAGAGCAUUCCUGAGCUGGAGGGAACUGAUGUUUUGUUUUUUUGUUUUUCACAAAAAGUAUUUUUCUGCGCUCAGCACAGUAUUUUUAUAGGAUAGGAGUGUUUGUGAAACAAUUGUUUUUUUUGUUUGUUUUUUUUUAGGUUUUGCGUACUUGUUCUGCGUGUGACAGUGUGUCUGUAUCUCCUUAGGUUAUGACUGUUAUUGAUGCAGCAGUGGUCAAUUUGGACUCGUUGUCAUCUCUGGAUGAAUAUCUGACCAAUUUGGGGAGGAAGCAUCGAGCUGUGGGGGUUAAACUGGAAUCAUUUAAGGUAAGAACCUUUUCAUCCAUAGCUUGCAAACUAAAUUUCUCUGUUGGACGAUCCUUAUUCCUUGCCACACUCAGUUUUACACUUGCAGAUACACUUAUCUCCUGUCCUGUUAAAAGCCGAUUGGUUUCCAGCCGAGGAAUCUCUUGCUCAAAGGAAAACUAUAGUGCCAGAAAAAUAAAGUUGUUUUCCUGCCACUAUAGUAUACCCUCCUUCAUGCAGAAGGGGUUACUCUUCAUGUCGCUUACCUUAUUCCAGUGCCGAUGGUACAGGCUGCGCCUCUGGUCCUACCCACUGGGCACCUAAUGCGCAUGAACGGCGAGUGUCAUGCUCACAUUAGGACUCCCCCCCCCCCAUAGGAAAGCAUUGUUUAAUGAUUUCCGAUGGGGUUUUGGGUGACGAUGGAUGUACUCAUGCACAGCAGGGUUGAAACUAGGGGGACAUGGCACUCAGACCACUUCAUUGGUUGUCUAUAGUGUCCCUUUUCAUAGCUGAUAAUAGUACUCAUAACCAAGACAAUGCAGACUAUAUACCAAACCAUCAAAAGAUGCUGCCAACAUUGUACAAUACAUCAAACACAAACUAUAUUAGAGGCAACAUACCCACUCCAGGCACUGUAAGGAUUAUUGUCAGGAGUGUGUUGGCACUCAGCUAGGGUGAGUCAGCUUACCUGAGGUCACCCCCUCUUUUUCAAACCAAAGCUCUUGCAAGGAGUUUCUGUUAGCUCCAGUUAGCUAUGAUGUGGCAAAACUAGCCACUUAAGACUGUAUGUGUAUUAAUGUGUUGCUGUGACUUUAAGAAUGUUAGAACCAAGUGUGUACCUAUUUCUUCAUUUUAUGCGAACGAGAGCGAACGAGGCAGGAAAGCCAUCAGCAUUCAUACAAUAGUUUCACGAACAGUGAAUUUCAACACUGUUCGUGAAACGAACAAACUACCGAAUGGGAGACCACACACAGGAGGUCGUGUGGCUCCCAUUAAGUAUUGCAACAAUGUAUCCUUCGGUAAUUAUUGAGAUUCAGGGUGGCCGCCGUUCGGCUACCGACCACGCGGCGGUUGGCCAUCUUGGAUCUUUGUUAGCCCAGCGGUAUUUGGUCGUCAAGUGCCUGGAACUAAAAUCGGCUACUCGACGGCACGAAUACCGCUGGACUUCCAGGCCGUUCGGGAGUACCGGUCAUUCGGUAGUUUGUUCCCCUAUAUGCAUUCGGUACUUUAAGGUGAAUGUAAAAUAAUGUGUUUUCGUGCGGCGUUCUGUUGUUUAUGCUGGGAUGUGAGCGGUACUUCUACGAAAGGUGUGCUCAGACCCCAGCUAUCUACCAAACGGUCAUUCGGUAAAAUAACAUGAAUAAUGUGAAAGUUGUGUAUUUUUGUGUAAAAUGUCAGUUCUGCUGCAUGGAGGGAUAAUCCACCUAACUGGAUAUUCUAGUGGGAGUAUCCCUCUCGUGCAGCAGUACAUGAUGGGAGAAAAGUCCGGGUUGUUAAGUUCCCCAUGUAGUCCCCUACUGUACAACCCCUGUAAUGUCAGUAGGGAAACAUCUUGCCUGGGGAAUCCCAUUAAUACUGUGACCUGUGAUUAAAAGCUCAGUUGACUCCCAGCCUAUGUGUCGUCUAGUUCUUGGGAAGGAAAGGAUUUAUACAACGCUACCGGGAUUAUUGCAUGCUGUAUUUAUUUUGGCUGGAUUAUUGUAAGCUGUUCCUGUUACCAGCGGAGACGCUGUGGAUUAUACUACCUCUCCGCUACAUAUGCCCAGCAGAUCCAACUCAAUAUCUGAGAGCACCAACUGAGCUUGUUAUGUCCUGCAGUGCCAGGCACAGAUCAAUGAAGGGAGCUUCCAGCGGGGACCUAGUUAUCAUGUUUGCUGAGAAGGAACUGAUCCCUUGGUGGUUGUAAGAGCACAGUUUAUAUCAAACCAUUCUCAAAGGAGUGCCUCAAGCAUCAUAACUACAGUGUGCUGUAGUGGUCACGGUGCCAGGAGUGCCUUGGCGCCCCCUUAAUAAGUUGUUAAACCAUUUUAGAACAGUUUGACUUCUUACCUGGGGUCUGUUGGGUGCUGAUCCCCUCCUGCACCAUUUCUGACAAAGAGGCAGAAUCUCCUAAGCAGGAACUCCUUUUAGCCAAUUGGCUGAGAGCGUCAGCUUCUCUCUCUCUCAGGAACAUUAUAGCUUUGGGAAUACAUGUAUUCCUACUGCUUUAGUGUCCUGACACCUAUCAGGUUACUGCGUAGUUCUCCAUAAUCAGGCUCCGUUUCUUUCAUCAGUGUUUUAUAGAACAACUAUAAUUAAUGCAAAUAUUUUGCUUAUAUCAUUGGAACAAUUUAUGGAAAUGGGCUACCAAGGUUACACAAGGUUGGGAACCACUGACGAAAGAAACGGAGUGUGAUUAUGGAGAACUACGCAGUAACCGAAUAGGUGACAGGACACCAAAGCAGUAGGAAUACAUGUAUUCCCAAGGCUAUAAUGUUCUUUUAAGACACAGACCUCUGUCUGAUCUAAGCGUGCAGGGGCCCAUUGGCUGAGAGAGAGAAGCUGAUGCUCUCAGCCAAUUGGCUAAAAGGAGUUCAUGCUUAGGAGAUUCUGUCUCUUUGUCAGAAGUGGUGCAGGAGGGGAUCAGCACCCAAUAGCCUCCAGGUAAGAAGCCAAACUGUUCUAAAAUGGUUUAACUUAUUAAGGAGCGCUAGGGCACUCCUUGCACCGUGACCACUGCAGCACACUGUUGUAGUUAUGAUUCUUGGGGUGUUCCUUUAAGAAUGGUUUGAUUAUAAACUGUGACUUUUACCAGCACCAAGGGAUCAGUCCCAUCUCAGCAAAAAUGAUUAGGCAGAACACAUGUAUUACUGGUGUUAGUUUCAUCCAAUGUGGACAACACUGAUUGGUUGAGAUUACAAGGGGUGGGUUACGGUCAGCCAAUCAUUGCAAAGAUGGAGGCUGGCACCUUUCUUAACUGAUUUGAGAUAAAAGGAGCACUCCAAGCAACACUUGGCCCAUUUUCAUGGUCAUGGAGCUAGGAGUGCCCUGGCAGCCUCCCAGGGCCAGUAGUCAAAUUGUUUGAAAAUGGGUUGACAACUUAACUAGGCCCGCUGCCAUCUCCUCUUUAGCUGGAAGCUCCCUUCACUGAUCUGUGCCUGGCAGUGGAGGACUUAACAAGCUCAGUUGGUGCUCUCAGACAAUGAGUUGGAUCUGCUGGGCUUAGCUAACUGGAGCCAGCACAAACUCCUUGCAAGAGCUUUGGUUUAAAAAAAGAGGGGGUGACCUCAGCUAAGCUGACUCACCAUAGUUGGGUGCCAAGGCACUCCUGAUACAAUAAUCCUUACAGUGCCUGGAGUGUCUCUAAUAUGGUUUGUGAUUUUAUGUAUUGUACAAUGUUGGCAGCAUCUUUUGAUGGUUUGGUAUAUUGUCUGCAUUGUCUUGGUAUUACUACUAUCACCUAUUAAAAGGGACACUAUAGACAACCAAUGAAGUGAUGUUAGUGCCAUGUCCCCUAGUUUCAACACUGCAGUGUAAACCUGUUUACAUUUGGUCGCCUAACUGGCGCUGGAUGUCCUCACGCUAUGCAUGAGGACAUCCAGCGUCACACAAAACCCCAUCGGAAAGCAAUAUACAAUGCACUUGCUGCUCAUGCACUUAAGGUCCAAAGCAGGAUAGGAGCCUUGGGACAUCAGUGCUUGAAUCAGGUAAGUGACAGAAGAAGUAACCACUUCUAAAGUUUUCCUAGCACUAUAGUGCUAGGAAAACAACAUGCAGAUACACCGAUUAAAACACUGCCAAAGAUACAGAUGCAGACACUGCCAGACAGAGUUGUAGACACACAAAGAUACAUAUGGAGAUGCACAUACAAGUAGAUGUACAGACAGACACACACACAGAUAUACACACUAUCUGCUUGUGUGUCAGUGUUUUGUAUCUGUGUGUUGUGUCUGACAUACAUGUAGAUACAAGAAAAAAAAAAGGUCAUUUAUACAAUUUACUUAAGCAUUGUGUAUUAUACUGACACUCUGCUUCACUUUAAUGCACUUUAAAAUUUUUAAAGGUAUAGCGCACCUUUUUCUUCUUGUAUUUAUUUUAUGGGGUGUGUUUAAAGCUUUUGCACUAGUAGGGUGCCGCUUUACCCUUUUUCCAUUAUUUCACUAUUUUGAAUUGUUAGCGCCUUUUUGCUUGUUUUUUGUAUUUAUACAUGUAGAUACAAAUACACACAUGCAGACACUCACACAUUCAGAUACAGACAAACACGCAUUAAAGGACCACUCUAGGCACCCAGACCACUUCAGCUUUAUGAAGUGGUCUGGGUGCCAGGUACCUCUAGGAUUAACCCCUUUUUUUUUUUUUUUAUAAACAUAGCAGUUUCAGAGAAACUGCUAUGUUUAUACUGAGGGUUAAUUCAGCCUCCAGUGGCUGUCUCAUUGACAGCCGCUAGAGGCGCUUGCGUGCUUCUCACUGUGAAAAUCACAGUGAGAGCACGCAAGCGUCCAUAGGAAAGCAUUGUAAAUGCUUUCCUAUGCGACGGCUGAAUGCGCGCGCGGCUCCUGCCGCGCGUGCGCAUUCAGCCCAGGAGGAGGUCGCGAGCAAGGAGGAGAGGAGGAGUACAGCUCCCCGCCCAGCGCUGGAGAAAGGUAAGUGUUUAACCCCUUCCUCUCUCCAGAGCCCGGCGGGAGGGGGUCCCUGAGGGUGGGGGCACCCUCAGGGCACUAUAGUGCCAGGAAAACGAGUGUUUUCCUGGCACUAUAGUGGUCCUUUAAGAUACAAACACCGACACAGAUACAGAAACAAACACUUCUACACAUGCAGAUACAGACACACAGUAUCUGUAUGGCAGUGUAUGUGUCAGUGUUAUUCUGUGUGUCAGUGUUCGUGUCUGUAUAUGAAUGUGUGGCAGUUUGUCUGUGGAUCUUUAUGUGUGUGUGUGUAUCAUCUGCAGGUGUAUCUGCAUGUGUGGCAAUGUUUGUAUCUGUGUGUAACUGAAUGUGUGUCAGUGUUUUUCAGACACACAUUAAGUUACACACAGAUACAAAAAUUGCCACACAUGCAGAUACACACUGACACACAUUCAUAUACAGAUACAAACGCUGACACAGAUGCUGAUACAAAAAAAUGCAGAUGCACAGACAUGCUGAUACAGACACAAAGAAAAACACUGCCAUACAUACUGAUACACACUGCCACACAUGCAGAUACAGACACACAGAUACAAACACUGCCAAAGAUACAGAUGCAAAUACAGACACAGAAACACACUGCCACAGAUCCACAGAAACAAACACUGACAUAUAGAUACACUUAUGCAGAUAGAUGCACUGACACAUAUAUGCAAAUAAACACAGAAAAACACACUGCACACACACACAAGCUGAUAUUGAUUGUAUCUGUGUCUUCAUGAGAGGCAGAAUGUGUCAAACACAACAUACACACAGAUAUACAUGUGUCUUAGUGUUUUUAACUGUGUGUGUCGUGUCUGACACUUGUAGAUAUACAGAUACAUACUGUCUCACAUGAAAACACACACAGAUGCACACGGCCACAUAUGAAGAGACACACACACGUACACUUUGAAUCUGUGUGUGUGCAUGUAUGGCAAACACUACCACAGAUUCAGAUGGAGACAAACACUGCCACACAUGCAGAGACACAGAAACAAACACUGCCAAAGAUACAGAUGCACACACACUACCACACAUACCCAGAUGCAAACACUGCCACAGAAAUGCAGAUACAUACACAGAAACAAACACUGCCACACAUGCAGAUGCGCAGACACUAACUUUGCCACAAAUAUAGAUACAGAUAUGGACACAGAUACAAACACUGCCUCACAUUCAGAUACAGACACUAACACUGGCACAUAUAGAUGCACUCCCACAUACAAAUACAGACACACUGCCACACAUGGAGAUGCACAGACACACAUUCAGAUGCAGACACAUAGAUACAGAGCUGCAGCUACACAGAUGCACUGACACCUAUGCAAAUAAAGACACACAGAUACAAACACACUGCCAUACAUAUAGAUGCAAAGACAGAGAUCACAGAUACACACAUUGACACAAAUGCACAGACAUACAAACACUGCGACAGCUACAGCCACACAUGUAUAUACACAGAAACAAACACUGCCACAAAUACAGAUCCACAUUCAGAUACAGACACAGUGUUUGUAUCUUCAUCAGUGUUUAUUUCUGUGUGUAUGUUCAUCUGUAUUUGUGGCAGUUUUUUUUUUAUCUGUGUAUUUAGAUGUGUGGCAAUGUUUGUAUCUGCACCUGUGUGUAUCUGUAUGUCUGUGCAUUUGUGUCAACGUGCAUCUCUAUGUGUUGCAGUGUUUGUAUCUGAAAGUGACAGUGUUUGUUUUGUGUGUAUUUGCAUAUGUGUCUGUGCAUGUGUGGCAGUGUUUGCUUCUAUGUCUAUUUGCACAUGUGUAGAUUCAUACACUAUGCACUGUGUCAGUGUUCAACACACAUUCAGAUACAGAUGCACUAUGUGUCAAUGUUUGACACACACAGAAGCAGACACUGCCACAUUCAGAUACAAACACUGCCACACGUAAAGAUCACAGAUGCACUAACACAUUUGCAAAUAUAGACACGCAUCUUUGCCACAGAUGCACACAGAAACAUUGCCACACAUACAGAUGCAGAUAAACACUGACACACAUAAGAUACCGUAUUUGCCACAGAUAUAUACACACACACACACACAGAUACUGUGUUUGUUUCCGUGUGAAUGUGCAUAUGUACAUGUACAUGUGUCCGUGUUUGUAUCUGUAUUUACAUGUGUCGCAGUGGCAGUGUUUGACACAGAUGCACAGGCACACACAUACAAUGUGCAUCUCUGUGUGGCAGUGUGUUUGUAUCUGCAUGCGUGGCACAGUUGUAUGUGUGUGUCUGUGCAUCGGCAUGUGUGGCAGAGUGUGUCUCUGUAUUUGCAUCUGCACGUGUCUGUAUGUGUCUGUAUGUGUCUGUAUUUGAAUGUGUUUGUUUCUAUGUCUGUUAUGUGUGUCAGUAUUUGUCAGUGAGUAUCUGUGCAUCUGCAUGUGUGGCAGUGUUUGUAUCUGAAUGUGACAGUGUUUGUGUGUCUAUAUUUGCAUCUGUGUUUGUAUCUGUGGUGUGUCUUUGCAUCUGCAUGUGUGGCAGUGUUUGCUUCUAUUUCUGUAUUUGCAUAUGUAUCAGAUACACAAACACUGACACAUAGUGCAUCUGUGUAUCUGACACAUAUGCAAAUACAGACAAACACUGCCACAUUCAGAUACAAACACUGCCACACAUAAAGAUGCACAGACAGAAAUCACAAAUACAAACACUGCCACACAGAUACACAUGUGCAAAUAUAGACACGCAGAAUAAAAACACUACACUCACUGCCACAUAUAAAGAUACUGACACAGAUACAUAGAAACAAACCCUGCCACAUUCAGACACAGAGCUACAGAUACAUAUGCAAAUACAGACAAGCAGAAACAAACCCUGCCACAUUCAAAUACAAACCCUGCCACCCAUUCAGAUGUAAAGACACACACAUACAAACACACUGCCACACAGAGAUCACAGAUGCACAAAAAUACAGAUACUGACACACAUACAAACACUGUCACAGAUACAGCCACAGCAUUGCAGAUACACACACAGAAGCACAGGUGCAGAUACAAACACUGCCACAAAUACAAAUGCACAUACACACUGCCACACAUUCAGAUACAGACAUAAACACUGACACAUAGUGCAUCUUUAUGUAUCAGCAUCUGUGUAUUUGACACAUAUGCAAACACUGUCACAUUCAGAUACAAACCUUGCCACACAUGCAGAUGCACAGAGAUCACAAAUAGAAACACUACCGCACUGCCACAUAUGCAAAUAGACACACAGAAACAAACACUGCCACAUGCAGAUGCACAGGCGCACAGAAAAAAUAGUGCCACUUAUACACUGACACUGACACACAUUCAGACACAGAGCUGCAAAUACACAUACAUGCAGCUAUAAAGAUGCACUGAUACAUAUGCAAAUACAGACACACAGAAAUAAACCUUGUCACAUUCAGAUACAAACACUUCCACACAUGGAGAUGCGCAGACAGAGAUCAGAUACAAACACUGCCGCAGAUGCACAGGUAUACAGAUUCAUAAACACCAAAACAAACACUGGCACACAUAUAAAUACAGAUACAAAAACUGCCAGAAAUGCACGGAAACACUUCCACACAUGCAGCCACAGCCACACAUAAAGACACAGAUACAAACACUGCCACGCAUGCAGAUUUACAGAAACAGAGGCUGCCACAAAUGCAGAAACAGAUGCACAGACAGAUACAAGUUUUAGCCACCUUCCAGUUUCCUACCUUUUGGGUGCUUCUGCUGGUUGGGGCUGUUGGAGGAUGGGUGCUUGAUCUCUGUGUACCACAGGGUGGAGACCGCUGUUGUAGAUGAUCUGUCUCUCACUCAAUAACGUAGGGAAACAUUGGGUGACUAGUGCGCAUGCACAGCAAAAUACCCCAUUGCUCCAAUAAAUGGACUCUAUGAGAGCAUUUGAUUAAAUAGACGAGUGCUCUAUUAGGCGGACGUUGUAAGACAGCCCCUAGAGGUAUGUUAAGCCUAUAUUGUAAACAUUGCCAUUCAUUACAAAACAGUUGCAGGGUUAAAGAGACGGGUCCACGACACCAAGAGUGUGUCAUUGAGAUGAAACAUUCCGGGUGCCUGUAGUGUGUCCAUUUAACCCCUUAAGGACACGUGACAUGUUUGACAUGUCAUGAUUCCCUUUUAUUCCAGAAGUUUGGUCCUUAAGGGGUUAAGUAGUGGAGGUUGGUGCAGAUCCCAAGUAAAAAGUCAAACAUUUCUACAAUGUGGGAGCACGAGGGCACUAUUGGCAUCAUAUCCACUACAGCAUGCUGUAACCUGUUUGAUAUUAAUCCAGGAGAGUCUAGGCAGGUUUGCUUUAGUGGUUAUUCUGUUUAGAGUGCUUUUUUAAAAUAAAUGGAAACAUGGAUUUGAUAGCAAUGCAAAUAACCGGUAAAAAAAAAAAACCACUUAACCAUUUAAUCUCACCAAAUUGGUUAUAGGGCCAGGAGAUCCCUGGCACGGUCACUCCAUUCACUGUAUUUAAGCAGUGUAUUACUAAAUAAGGUCCCCUGGUCCCCAGUAGAGGCAGAAAUUACACACUUCCUUCUGGCCGUACCACUUCGUAUCUGCAAAUGGCGCUGUGAUAUACUAAAAGCAGUUAGCAGAUGCUCUCAGCCAAUCAGGCCCAUACUUCCUCAUUAGAGUCUUGUUUAGCUCAAAAUGGAAGGACGGCGCCAGGCACUCCAGACACAAUACCCACUUAAUGAGAUGAAGCAGUUACAAUGCCUACAGCAUUCAUUUAAUAGUCAGUUCUGAGAAAAAGAUACACGGUCGGGGUUUUUAUUAAAUUCACAGAAAUUAUCGCUGUAUUAAUCAACCCCGACUGUUGUAAAUAUCUAUUCAGGGAUAAUUACACUUCUUGCCACAAAUACUCCACAUUUUCAACCUCGAGGGCAAACGUUUCUAUUUAUUCUCCUCCAGCCUCCUAACAUGUAUGAAAAGCAAGGUUGGAUAACUAUUCAAUUAGAGUUUCCAAACCUUUUUGGUUCAGACAUCGUUCACAGUUUCCAAUUAUCAGCAGAGAACAACGUUUUACUCUCAGCCUUUAUUAAUGCCUAAUCCAUCCCCUCUCUGCAUUUCUGUGCAACUGUAUUUUGAUAGUGCUGUCUUUCCUUUGACAGACUGUUGGUGAAUCCUUGCUUUUUGCUUUGGAGUCGGGGCUAGGAGAUGCUUUUACUCCAGAUGCUCGGGACGCUUGGAGCCAGCUUUAUUCCAGUGUGGUGAGAAGAAUGAGCCGUGGCUGGUGCCGCGACCCUCUGGAGCCCUGA